AUGUCUAAAUGCGACAAUUGUGGUAAGUCCAUAACAAAAACGUCACCUAGGUUUGAGUGCAACAAUUGUGGAAAAAUAGUACACGCCAAUCAAUUAUGCACAGGCUUAUCUUCGAAGCAGCUAUCAGCUCUACACAAUGCUGAAAACCUGGAGUGGAUAUGUGAGGAUUGUCGUAAAGAAUCGCCUCAUCGUAAGUCUUUCAUAGUUCCGGAGAACGAUGGCGAUGAUGAUGGCAGGGACGGUAAAGAAGGUGUGAUACAGGUAGUAUUGCAACAAGAGGAGCAGGUCGACCAGUGGAUCUGCGCUGCACGAACGGAAACAAUUGCUUUGGAAGAUAUAACUCCAAAUGCCCCUAAUCCUGAAGUAGCUAAGAGAACAGUGUUACUUCGGCGUGCACUAAUAAAAGCAAAUAAAACACUUCUGUGGAAAUCUAAACAGACCUUGAAGGAAACUUACAAAUAUAUUUGGUUCCAGGGUGGUAAAGUUUUGGCUCGUAAAUUUGAUAAUGACAAGCCCGUUAUGAUAAGAAGCUCAUGUGAUAUUGAUAAGUUGUCUACUCAAAAAUAUCGAUAG